AUGGACUUGGCCACCAUACGGGCGAACAAGCUGCUCCAGGAUGGUAAAGAGGCCCUGGAGAAGGCAACAAAUAUGCGGAGGGAGUGCAAAGCCGAGGCACUGGAGUGCCUUCAAGCACUCUAUGAAACUGUUCUCGGCAUCGCAGACUCCAGAAACCGGCAUCGGGUGGCGCUGGAGGAGGAGCGCACGCGCGCGGCAAAGGAGCUUGUUCGGGUGGAGAGGGCCCACGCUCGAAAGCUGGCCGAGAUUGGCAGCCUGACUGGAGACAGGCUGGCAGAGACCCAACACCUCAUAGCGGGGCUACGUGGACUCGUGGAGGGGGUUCAGAAGUGGCUGAAUUUUGAGAUGGAUGCUCCCAUUAAGAUCAUAGGGAGCAUCCACCUGGAACUACAGAGGGUGAUGGCCGGGCGCCUUCCGCAGCACGGAUUGGAGGGGGAUGCGGGGGGGGCCUCGCGGGUUCCGCAGACUUUGAACCCCACCCGGACACCCGGCCCGGACCCGGAUUUGCUCUCUCUGGGGUCGAAAAUGCAGGGACUUGCAGACCAGUUUAGGGCCCUGCAAGUCGAUAUUGACAGGUGGCGCCUCGAGAUGGACGAGAUGACACGUGGCCGGGCGGGUGCUGACUGCUUCCGCGGGGAGCCUGCCAUGCCUGAGAGCGACUGCACCCGGGGAAAGAUGGAGGACAUCACCCAGCAGCUCAAACAGCUACGAGAAGCGGUGGACCUAAACACCAGAGCGGUCGAGAGGCACCAGGCCCUGUCGCCGCCCUCUCCCCCGGAGGAUGCGCGUGGGGCAUGCUUGCUGACGGAGGGGCCUGCGAUGGACCUACUGCGGUCGAUCAGGUCUGAGAUCGCGGAGGUGAGGGAUCUCAUCCUCAUAGAGCCCAGAGCACCUAGCGCUGGGACGGACCUCGGUGGCGAGCUGGCACGUUCGGAUACCAGGGAGGUGGUGAGGAGCGCCAUCGGACCUCUUGAAUCCAAGCUCGACGACCUGGCAGGUCGUACCUUGGAGAUCGGAGAGACGGUGCGAACCUACGCAGGGGUACUCAGGAGUUCCCCAAACCCCAGACACGGACCAGUCGAUGAUCCAGCGGACCAGGACGCCUCGUAUGGCCUCAUUGUGGAGUCCAUCAACCCACAGCACUCCGGUGGAGACGUCAUCGACGCGCUGAAAAAGGGCGUGGACGUCGUCUCUCUCGGGGUGGGGGUAAAGGGACUCAGAAGAGUAAGGAGGGGCAGGGUGGUCGCUGACUGCGCGACGCCGGAGGAGCGUCGUACUCUUAGAGAUGCCAUCAGAGCGUCCAACACUGGACUCUCGGCGGUGGACGCCCAGAAAAAACAACCACACUUGCGUCUGAUCGGAGUCGCACAUCACCUUAGCGACGAAAAGAUGAGCACGGCGAUAUUGAGCCAGAACAGCGGCCUCCUGCGAGAAGUCCCAGAGCAGCAAAGGAGUGCCAGGGUGGUCCGUAGGGUGAAGGGUAGAACGGGGGAAAAAAGUACGGUCAUAAUGGAGGCGAAUCUGGGCAGAGGAUUCGCAGCCACUAAAGACUUGUUGAGAACAGCCUCGAGGGAGGGUAUAUCCCUCCUGCUAUUACAAGAACCCUACGUAGGCGCCACAAAAAAGCUGGAGGUGUCAGGCGCCCAGGUAUUUCAGGGCGGUGCGGGGAACGAACCAUCUAAGGCCGCGGUGGUAGUACUCGACGACCGACUCCGCGCGUCCAUGGAGCCGGAUUGCGCUGCUUACAACAUGGUAGGGAUCAGGAUCUUUAUUGAGGGCCUGUGCGUGGGCGCCGUGAGCGUUUACUUGGAGGGGGACUCCAGCUUGGACGAGGACCUUUCCAAACUAAAGACCAUUAAGGCCGCGCUGCGUACUGACUACUGCCUUGUCGCUGGAGACGUGAAUGCCAAAAGUCCCUGGUGGGGCAGCGAGGAGGAGGAUAGCAGAGGGGCGUCGCUGGCGGAGUUUGCGGCGCAGGAGUCACUCCAGGUGAUAAAUGAGGGAACCACGCCUACGUUCUCGGCGUUUCGACAGGGUCGCCACUACAACAGCAUAAUAGACGUUACCAUGGCGUCGGACCGACUAGCACCAAGGAUCACUAACUGGAAGGUGGACGCUGACUUGUCGGACCUCUCAGACCACCGCCCCAUUUCUUUCUGCGUAUCGGCAGAUAAAGAACUCACUGUGCUCCAAAAUACAUCAACCAAGCUAUUCAACACUAAAAAGGCGGACUGGGAGCUUUUUGAUGACGAGCUGACUGCGAACCUGGACGAGCGUGGACUGACCCCUGAGAGAGCGAGGACGGUCUCGACGUCGGAAGAUUUGGAGGAAUUGGUGGAAUCACUCACCGGCUGUAUUAGGGAGGCCUGCAGGGUGGCGAUUCCUGCAAUGUCGAGCGGGAGGCGACGGCCCCAAGCGAGUUGGUGGGCUCCUGAGAUCGAAGAUAAGAAGAAAACAGUGAACAGGCUGAGGAGCAGAAUAAGAAACGCAAGCUCUGAGCGACGACAGUACGUAGUCGAUCGAUACCUGGAGGCGAAAAGGGCCUACAAGGAAGCUAUCCAGGAAGCUAUCACAAGAAGCUGGAGGGAAUUCUGCGGCAAACAGGAAAAGGAGUCAGUGUGGGACGGCAUUUACAGAGUCAUCCGUAAAUGCGGGGCGAUGAAAUCAGACGAGCUGUUGAGGGACCCUGCUGCCCGGGGCACUACACUAACUCACAUCGCAUCGGCGCAGCUGUUAGCGGAAACUUUUUAUCCGAGGGACACGGAGGAGACCGACACCUCGGAACAGCGAGAGUGCAGAGCCAAAGUUGCGCAGGCAUUCAAGUUCAUAAAUGAAAGGCCAAUCGAACUCACAAACUUUACCGCUGCGGAGGGGUCCCUCAAGGUCCUGGGACUCACGGUAGACCACCAGCUUAAUUUUAGGGAGCAUUUGGCGGGCGCACGCGGGAGAGCGGUAACGCUUUAUAAAAGGGUCGCGAGAACGGCCUCGGCGGGGUGGGGUUUAAACUCCAACGUGCUGAGGAUAAUCUACCAAACCGUGGUUGAGCCGACAGUCCUGUAUGCCGCCAACGUAUGGGCAGAGGCCGCCAAAAAGAAAUAUAACCGGGUGAUACUGGAGAGAACGGCAAGACAAUUUGCAAUCCUCAUCUCAAAGGCUCACCGGACCACCUCGUUCACAUCGGCAGCUGCCCUUUCAGGAAUACUCCCUCUCGACCUGAGAGCACAAGAACAGCUCAAACUGUACGGGGUCCGGAGGGGGCGGCCUCUGCCUGAACUGCGUGACUACGACAUGGAAAGGCGUAUCGGCCCGUUCGAUUUGCCCCAUCCCGCACUGAGGGGGGGGCUCGCCUACCUGCGGGCGUCGUCGGUGGCGGACCUGGAGCAGCUGGAUAAGGAUGGAAUGCAAAUAUACACAGAUGGAAGCAAAAUAGAGGGCCGCGUUGGGGGCGGAGUGACCAUAUGGCGUGGAGGACAGGAGGUCAGGCAUGCUCGUUUCAGGCUCUCUGAUCACUGCAGCGUGUUUCAGGCGGAACUAGUGGCCAUAGAUAGAGCCCUCACGAUGGCCCGCAAAUCACAUAGGCACGAGAAGAUAUGCAUCCUGAGCGACUCGAGAUCGGCCCUUGAAACCUUGGCGGAUCCUGCCUCCCUUCACCCAAUCACCAACAAAAUUAAGGGCAAGCUCGCUGAACUACGGGACGAGGGAGUUGAAGUCCAGUGGGUCUGGGUUAAGGCACACGUCGGACUGCCGGGGAAUGAGAGGGCCGACGAACUCGCCAAGGAGGGGGCCCUAAAGGACAAAAGAGCCCCAGUGUACACGGACUUCCCACUAUCCGCGGCGAAGCGCCUUAUCAGAGCUGCAACGAUAGAUGAGUGGCAGCAGAGAUAUGUGGAGUCCACAACUGGGAGGAUUACGCGUCUCUUUCUCGGGGAUGUGCGGAGGGCCCGUAAAAUCUUUGGUGCUCACAACCACACCAACUUAAUGACACAGCUUCUGACCGGCCAUGGGGGCAUCAGAGCGUACCUCCACAGAUUUAAGCUUGCGGAUUCCCCGGGCUGCAUCUGCGAUGGCGUGACUGCCGAGACAGUAGAGCACAUCCUAAUACACUGCCCGAGAUUCGCGGCCCUACGACACGACUGCGAAAGCAGCAUGGGAAUCAAUCUCAGCGAGAGCAAUCUGGCUGAGAUCAUGGGGCGAAAUGAGAGCAGGGCGGUGUUGUUGAGCUACGGCUCCAAAAUUAUGAAAAUUGCGGGCAGAGCAAAUGGGUCGAAAGGGUGA